UGAUGUACAUUAAAUGUUUUCUUUUCUGCUUCACCAAUGGCGGCUAUUUUGAUCUUUUCCAAGUACCCUGAUUCCAAGAAAUAAUGGGUUAAUAACACGUCACAUGAUGGCCUGUCUCGAUUUCUUUGAUGACGGCAGCCUAAUAAGACAAGUUCGUGCGCAAAUGUAUAGUUAAUGAGCUUCCUGCUGCCUCUGUUGUUCUCAAUUUACUGUUUAAUCUGGGUUGGUCGUCGCAUUCAUCUGGAUUGUAACAUUAGAUGAUCUCAAAGUAUUUCCUGAUAGCAUGAAUUCAGGUCCUACAUCGCCGUCAUCUUUACAUCCACUGAGCCAGACCAUGAUGGUACAGCCCUACCACACUUUUGACUAUCUGCCCCUGUGCAGUACUGCUACUAGCCAUAACAACUCAGCCACCAACCAUCAGACGGAGUAUGGAUCUGCAGUAGCCAAGCCCAUUGCCAUGCCAUCAGCGUCGCCCUACUCUCAGUGUCCGAUAUCUAAAUACCCAAUUUUAUGGACGAAAGAAGAUGUGAAGACGUGGCUGAAGUGGUCUGUUGAGGAGUUCUCCCUAAAUGAAAUAGAACUUGAUCGUUUCGCAAUGAACGGAAAAGCACUGUGUCUCCUACGCAAAGAAGGAUUCAAUGACCGCGCACCUUAUGCUGGCGAUGUUUUGUAUGAGCAUCUUCAAAAACUUCUGCAGCUUAAAGAUCCUAGCAUGUGUCAGAACAUCAGAGCUCCAACCCAGCCCCAGCAAAACAUGACCUCGAAUUCCUUGCAAAAAUGCUCUGCAAAAAGCUCACCAGAAAGAAGACAUUAUCAAGAGGAAAUGCAACACAGAAGAAGCCCUUACAGGCAGUUGUCCCAAACACCGCCCUCUAGCCAUGUCCACACACAGUAUGACUAUCAAACAGAUCAGCAUCAAUGCUCAAGUCCUUGCAGCCCAGUUCGACAUCCAUGCUUUUCAUCAGUUCCUCAAGUGACCCAGAGAAAUCCAAAACCACACAGCCCUGGAGUCCCAACCCACCGGCAGCAGUUUUGUUAUGACAAGCGCAGGUGCAGAUCCACGUCUACAACUCCACCAAGUGUUCCCAAAACAAAUCCAACACCAGUGGACACUUCCAGGACAACCUUAGUUGGACAGAAUGUAUUCCCUCUUAAUCUUUCAGUUACACAAUCAGAGAAACCAGAAACUCCAAGUAGUGAUUCUGGUACAAGCUCUCCAAGUGAGAUGGUGGAAGACAACAUCCGCAGACAUCCAAAGAGGAGCCACCACCACCAUCUGAAGACUCCUUAUGACAACCCUGGCAGAUUAGAUUCCGAUUACCCAUCAUUAAAGCGCCGUGUCAUUGUGUCACCCACGUACUAUUCCCAGACAAACAGGAUAAUAAACAGCCGGCAGGAUGAUCAAAAGAAAAAUAACGGUACGGUGUUCACAUACACGGGCAACCCUGAUGCACCGUCAACUGGACACUCAAUGGACCAUCGAAAACUAAACGGUCAAGGCACUCGACAAAAUAUCAGACCAAAAAGUCCAGUCGCGAUGGGUGUUCCUGAGAGAUUUCCAAUCCCUGUUCCACAAUUCCAGUUUAAUCCUGACUUGCCGAUUCAAGUGUUUAGUGAAAAUGGCAUUAUGCGACACAGGCAACAGAGUCACGGGUCAAAUUUUGGGGUCAUUACUGGACUUCCAACUGGACUGAAUGACAAAUUUCACUUGUCAGACAACUCAAAGCCAACAGAUGGUCGCUUACUUUGGGAUUUUCUUGGCCAGUUGCUUCUCGAUCCCAAGUACCAGCCAUACAUCUGCUGGGAAGAUGAAGAUCUUAGGAUUUUCCGGAUCCUAGAUCCUGUUGCCAUCGCUAAUCUGUGGGGGCGCCAAAAAAACCGUACAAAUAUGACAUAUGAAAAGUUAUCAAGGGCACUGCGUUACUACUACAAGAUGAAUAUUAUCCGCAAGGAACCGGGACAGAAAUUAACUUACAGAUUUCUGCAGGAUCCACAAGAAUUGGCUCAGACAUACAAGAACAACAGAUCCAAGAAAAAUAACGACCUGGUAUGUGAAGCCGAAAAAGGAGUAGUAAGCGAGGAUGAAGAGCAAGGGGAAGAGAGUGAUUUGGAAGAAAUGGCCGACAGCGGAGACUGCCCGAGUGAUCGGGGAAAUGGACAAUGUGAAAUCAAGCUAGAACCAGAUUCUGAUCAUGUGACUGACAUUCCAGCAGAAAUUAAAAUCACAGAUCCUGCUAAAAUUAAACAAAUAAGCACUGUCCACACUUAAUUUGAUUUGUCCAUAUAUGGGUUUAAUACGUCAUCAUCAUACCUAUAAUUUUGAUUUUAUCGUUAUUAUUUAUUAUGUAUUUGCUACCUGCUCACUUCGCAAUGCGAUAAACAAGCAGCCAUUUUCGAUUUUGCUACCAAUGCCAAUGAUUUGUCUUGUGUCUUUUUUAGUAUCUUGCAUAAUUUUUUAGUUAAUUCUGGAAACCUCCAGAUUUUUUUAAAGAUUUUAAAAAAAAUCUCCAGUUUUUCAUGACCCAGGGGUUGGCGGGUCUGAAGCAUAGGAGCUUGGGGAAUGGAGAACCCAUCAACUAUGACCCUUGAUGUUCUUUCCAGAUUUCAAUCUUGGGAAGUGGAUACUGUAGUCCAUCUGCUGGACCCUCAUUGCUUAAACCUAGUCCCUUCUCUUUCCUAAGAUUGGUAAGU